AUGAGGUCUUCCCACCGUAUCUUAUUGAGUUGUGCUGUUUGGAGACAUACCUGUUCAUCAAAAUCCAUCAGAUUCAGUUCGAGAACGAUGUCUACACAUUCAUAUUUGGAUUUGGUAAAAGAGAAAUUAUCUGUAUUGAGUACAAAAUUCUAUUUUAGGCGUAAUGAAAUAGAUGUACUGUAUUCACCAUCUGAUUUUUACGAAACUCUUAAGUCUAAGAUUUCAAAGGCGGAAAGAAGAAUAUUUCUUGCCUCACUAUAUCUGGGGAAAACCGAGGAUGAAUUAGUUGAUUGCAUAGGGAAAGCCUUGGAAAAUAAUCCUAAUCUUAAGGUUUACUUUUUGAUAGAUGGCCUUCGAGGUACGAGAGAAGCUCCUUCUAAAUGUUCAGCGACCCUAUUAGCUCGACUUCUUGAAAAAUAUGAUAAUAGAGUGGACAUACGUCUUUAUAAGACACCAGCCGUUAUAGGUUGGAAAGAAUCUGUGGUACCCAAAAGAUUUAAUGAAGGUUUAGGACUUCAACAUAUGAAAAUAUAUGGGUUUGAUGAUGAAUUACUCUUGUCAGGAGCUAAUCUCUCAUCAGAUUAUUUCACUAACAGACAAGAUAGGUACUACCUUUUCAGAUCAAAACCAUUUGCGGAUUAUUAUUUUCAAUUGCAUCAAUUGAUAAGUAAACUCAGUUAUAAGGUCAAAAGCACUGACACUUUACAAAAAUUCCAAUUGUGUUGGCCGCAAUCUAAUCUCGCACAAGAGCCUAAAAUUUGUAAAAAAACCUUUAUUAGACAUGCGGCAGAUGAACUUCAAAAAUUUUUAAAAAGAGUCAACUCCCAUCAGGAUGCUAAGGAGGCAGAAGUCUCACAAGGAGGAGAGUUUCCAACUGUAGUUUAUCCAAUUUCACAAUUCACACCAUUGUUUACAGGAUUGCAUGAUUAUUCUACUGAAAAACCUACUCUCCUUGAUGUUUUGUCCACGAUAAAGGACCCUUCAAUAAAUUGGACCUUUACCGCAGGAUAUUUCAAUAUGUUUCCUGCAAUUAUGAACCAAUUAAUCUCUACGCCUUCCGAGCACGCCACGGUAAUUACAGCUUCCCCCUACGCUAAUGGUUUUUUUGAAUCCAAGGGAGUUUCUGGUAACCUACCUGGCGCUUACCUCCACCUUUCUAAGAAAUUCUUGCAAAAUGUGAAGAGAAGUGGAAAGGAGUCAAAUAUCAUUUUAAAAGAAUGGAAAAGAGGUGUUGUAAAUAAGCCUGGUGGUUGGUCUUAUCAUGCCAAGGGUAUUUGGAUAUCUGGUAUGACGGAAAAAGAUGAUAGACCCCUAGUGACAUGCAUUGGUUCUUCGAAUUACACGAGAAGAGCAUAUUCUUCGGAUUUGGAGUCGAACGCUCUAAUAGUUACGAGAGACGAGGAAUUGAGAGAUAAGAUGAGGAAUGAACUAGAAAACCUACUUAAAUACACUAAGUCAAUCAAUCUGGAUGAUUUCAAAAAUGAUCCUGGGAGAAAAGUCGGUACUGGCGUUAAAAUCGCAACAUCGAUUCUGGGAUCAAAGCUUUGA